AUGCCGUGGGGCGACCUCCGGCGCUUCUACGAGCAGCUGGUGGGCAUGCCCGCCCCCAAGCUGGUGCGAGCCACAAUCCGCAAGCUGCACGGCGACCUCAUGCUCGGCUACGUCCACGUGGUGACUUGGGAGACCGCCGGCGUCAUGAAGAUCGGCAAAACCCACGACGACCCCAGGACUAGGGAGAACCACCUGGUCGAUCGCUUUCGCUUCUAUGAUGCGGCGACCGUGGAGUCAGGUGGGCCGACGGGCGAAGCCAAGCUGGAGGCCGUGGUGGUCACCGAGAAUGAGAGCACUGCGUGGCAACUGGAACAAACCAUCCACGCGAUGCUUAGCAGCUAUGUGCGCCACAUCGAUGUCCGGAUGGACUCGACGCCCAAGAGGAGCAAGAAGCAGUACUACAAGUUCCACGAGUGGUACCGCUUGACGCUCAAGGAGACCGUGCUGCGCGUGCUGCACGAGGCCGUCCAGAUGAGUGCCGCUGAGAUGAGGACGCUGCGGGAGCAAGCCUUCCGCACCUGGCAGCAGGUCGCGCCGCGCCUGUACCAUGCGGCUGACCCGCAGGCUGCUGACAGAAGGGUCCCGCAGGUCGAGCCGGAGCGUGCGCUUCCCACCUGCCUGGAGGACUGGGGUUCCGCGGGCCCUUGGGCGUUCUUCACCGCGCUCACCGACUCUGAAUGGAAGUCGCAGGGCUUCGACCUGGCUAGACGCACCCACCUGGAGAAGCCAGGCCAGGCCAUCAAGAUCAUCCGAAACAGACCCGGCAUCAUCUUCUCCGCCAAGAACACGAAGCGGACGUACAGCAGCUGGUCGUACCCUAUCCACUUUGUGUGGACGAAGGACGUGUCGAAGGGGCUGCUGGCCAGGCUGCCCCCACACGUGCUUCGCAGCGACGAGGCGCAGCCGAAGAAGACAUCCGAGGCCCCAAAGGCCAAGGCCAAGGCCAAGCGAGCCAAGCCGAGUUCCCCGAAGGCCAAGCCGGCCUCGAAGAGGGCGCGCUCCUCUGCCUGA